AUGUCUUCUGCUUUGGUACUCGCCGAUGAAGCAUUGCGCACCGCACUCCGCCGAAUCAAAAGAUGGCAAUUGGAUGGCCGAGUUUCUGUUGACCAGGCUCAUGACAUAGCCCGACUGGUGUCUGAUGCUCUUAAGAAGCAUGGCAGGAAUGCCUCGGUCGUUCCUCCAUUGCUGCUCUCUGUGGCAGCCGAGUUCAAGAAUCAAAUGCUGGACCUGCACUGCCAUCUCCAAUCGUCCCAGCUCCUCCGCCCAAGACAGCAUCGGUCCCCCCAAUCGCAACCCUCCCUCCACCCCCUCCUCAGCCCACCGACAAAGGCAAACAGCCUGCUGACAAAGGGAAACAGCCUGCCAACAAAGGCAAACAGCCUUCUCGCAGGAAAUCGGCGAUCUAGAGAGGACAGCCCGGAACCUCGGCAGGCGUCCAAAAAGCGCAAGACUGACCGGCCCUUGUCCAAGGCUCUCCUCACCGACACCGAGGAUGAAGACCGAGAGCCCUUACCAUCCAUUGUUGUCAAAAAGACAUCCGACAUCGCUCAACCUGCACCAUCGGCUCCGCUGAAGUCUAAGCGUGUCCCUAAAGCGGUUAAGCAGACCCCUGCAGACAACAGCAUCGGUCGCACAGCCGGAAAGGGAAAGGGCAGGGAAAUGUCCGAGCCUGUUAGAGGGCGCUCGGUCGUCAAUACCGAUGACAAUGACAAUGACAAUGCCGACGCCGACGCCGAUGCCGAUGCCGAUGCCGAUGCCGAAUCGAACGAUCCACCCUGCGGCAGAUGUGUUGCGAUGGACAAGCGCUGUCUUGUCGUUCUAGGCAUGAGGGGGCAGGCCCAUCAAGUCCUGCGGCACCUGCCACUCAAUGAAGUCAAGGUCGGCGGUCCUGCCGCAGCUCGGGAUGCCCCGGUUCGCACGUUCAAGGUCCAAGUCAAAGAGGACCGUCGAGGAGAACGAGAGCAGCAUCCCGUGCACGUGCAGCAGCUCCGAAUUGUGGAGUCUGAAGAAGCAACUCCAAUUGUGGAGUCUGAAGAAGAGGAACCGGUCAAGGAUACAAGUGCUAACGUCGAGACGCCCACCGACGUCGAUACCGAGAUGGUGGGCGUCGAUGACAUCGAAAUUGACCAACCUGUGGCCCUUGCAUCUGUGGCUGACUUUCUGGCCGAUCAUUGGGAGGAACCCAACUCCGCUGGCUACCCCAUUCCCCCACCCACUCCUGCAGCCCCCAUCACUUCCAUCCCUUUGGCCUCCAUCCAUGAUAGCGUCCUGCAACUGACUGCUCGGGUUGCUGCCAUGGAACUCGCCGACCGGAAUGUUCUAGGUAGGAUGAACACCAUGCAGCGGGAGUAUCGCACCCUUAUCUCCUCCAUGCGUGCCGAAUUCUUCACCCUGCACAUUGAUGUCAAUCAGGCCCUCAAUGCUGUUCAUGGCCUCGCUGACAUGCUUGAGAUGUUUCGGCAGACACAAGUCGCUGCCAAUCCCUCCUUCCCAGCACCGACCAUCAGCCAGGCCGAACAUCCCACAGUGACAGCAUUUGGCCGGUUGUUCUUGAACAGCGUGUUUGAUCCUUCAGUCGCACCCAUCCCUGUUGCAGCCGCAGCCGGUGAACCCUCGGUGUCUCGCCCUUUCGGUCGGCAUGACACAGUGGGCUCCACCUUCAGAUCUGGACAAGCUGUCCUCGGUCUCGGCAGCCUGCCGGUCCUUCAUCGGCCCCUGCAGUAA